AUGGAGGAGGGAAAGUUUCAAAAUGGCGGUGGGUUAGGUGUUAAAGUGAUGACGGAUGAGCAAAUGGAGAUGUUAAGGAAACAAAUCUCUGUUUAUGCCACUAUUUGUGAGCAGCUUGUUGAGAUGCACAAGGCUCUCUCUGCCCAACAGGACUUUGCUGGCAUGCGACUUGGAAAUCCAUACUUUUGUGAUCCAUUACUGUCAUCUGCUGUCCACAAGAUAGGGUCGAGGCAGCGGUGGACUCCGAAACCAGCGCAACUUCAAAUCCUUGAAGAGAUUUUCGAACAAUGCAAUGCGACUCCAGGCAGGCAGAAGAUCAAAGAGAUAACCAGGGAACUUGAACAACAUGGCCAAAUUUCUGAAACAAAUGUCUAUAAUUGGUUCCAGAACAGGAGAGCUCGUUCGAAGAGAAAGCAAUCGGCUACAGGACCAAAUAAUGGAGAAUCUGAAGUGGAGGCAGAAAUUGAGUCUUGUAAAGAUAAGAAGACCAAGCCAGAAGACGGCCAACCCGAUGAAAACACUACGACUAUAUCGGACCAUAUGUACUUCCAUAGUCCAGAUAUAGGAAUUGACCAGUUUGUAGGGAAAAUGGAAUCUCCAGGGAGCUGUAUUCCUUACUGGCAGAUGGAGCAAUAUGACUUGUUUGGAUGA